CAGAAAGCAAGGUCAGUUUCCACGGGAGGGGAGACAUCGAGAGGCCUGCUCUUCGCUCAGCGCUGGCCUCCAGCUCUUGCUAGGUUCCUGCUGCAUCUCUGCCUGUGUCUCAGAUGAGCUGUUCUGUCUUGGCCCAGAGCAACAUAGCUCGGUGGGUGCCCCACUCUGGAGGGUUCCGACAUAGGUAACUGAUAGGGCGGCUCAAGGUGCCAGUACUGCCCACACUGGUCAGUGCUGGGCUCUGUAACAGGCCUGAGAAAGACCCUGAGUGUAGGACCACCUGAAGUUGCUGUGCUGUGUUGCUGGGACAGUGGUCAUUCUGUGUGAGCCUCAUCCUCCCCCUACCACGCUGCUGUGUACCAACAGUACACCAUGACAACAGGCCCUAGCAGAGAGCAUAAGUAUCUGCUUACUUCCGAUACUCUUUCCAGAAACUUCUAAGUAUAAGGGUUGACUCUAGACACAGGGCAGAACUGUGUCCAAGUAUUUAAUUGUGCCCUGGAGACGGGAACAGAUACUUGUUAAUGUCCAUGCUCAAGAACUGUAACCAAGCAAGUCACCUCCUCAGAAAAGCCACCUGCCACCACACCAGUAUGUCUCCUGAGAGUGGGGGCCUAGGCCCUGAGCACAGUGCCUAACACACGGCAGGAAGAGGAACAGUGAUAGAGAGCAAAGCUCUUCCAUCUGAACUGAGGCUUUUGCUCCAGCGUCUCCAGGUCCCCUUGAUUAGGCGCCACCUCUCUGUCACUCAGUCCUCCUCAGGGGUGGAGGUCUAACCCCAGGACAGAGACCCUCAGUUGGCUGCUCUGUUCCUCAGGGCCACCACACAGUAUGGAGAUAGUCUGGCUAUAACAUCUGGGAAGAGGUGUCAUUGCCAUCCUCUGUUAAAAAGCUAAUAAACAGGGCCCUCUUCUUGAACACGACCCAAGGUAUCGGGCACCUCCCAGCACACAGGACAGGCGAGUGUGUGACCUCAGUCUCCUGCACCCACAGAGGUGAGGAGUGACUCACUACAAAUCUACCUUUCAGGUCAGGUCAGCUCCCUUUACAGGGCUUCCCUGAGGACUCACAGAGCCUGAGUUUGGUGCCCUUCAGAGGAAGGGGAAGCAACCACCAGUGAAGGGAGGGUUCCCAGCCACCAGGACAGCAGCGAGGUGGGGAGGAACAGUCUCUGGGCAAGUUGUUCCUUGGGAAGUCCUGGGCCAGGGGACACUUGGGUAGAGAAUCCCUUCAUGGGGGAGGGAGGCCUUUUCCUUGGAGAGGGAGUGGAAAGGGAUCUUUCAGAACUGAGUGAGGUGGGAAGGAAGGCCCAAGGGGCGUGGAGGCGCACUCGACGUAAAUAGCCCUCCUGAGGGCAGUAGAGUGCAGGAGGCAGGACCCUACCUCCCUGCUGGGAUUUCAGCCCAAGUUUCUUUCCAAGGGAACCUGACUUCCCUGCUUUGUUUUUUUGUUUUGUUAUUGUUUUGAACACCACUGGAGAGGCUGCCAAUGUUUUCCACAAUGGAAAAAAGCUCGACACAGAAACUUGUCAAGUAAAAAAGGACUGAACUCGAAUUUCAUGAGGAUGCAGUUUGCAGUCAAAGAAUAAGACUGCCAUGCCUUAGGGGUUCUAUCGCUGUGGUAAACAGCAAGGCCAGUGCAACUUGUACUCCACCCUGAGGGAAGUUAGAGAAGGACCCCUGCAGGCAGGAACUGAAGCAGAGGUGGUGGAGGAGGAACCUGCUCACUGCUGCUCAGACUACUUUCUUCUGACACCCAGGACCACCUGCGGGGGGGGGGGGGGCUACAAGACCCCCAGUGAACUGGGCCCUUCCAAAGUAAUCACCAAUCAAGACAACGCCACACAGGCUUGCCUACGGGCCAGUUUACAGUGGCAUCUUCUCAAAUGAGGUGUCCUCCUCCAGGCUUGUGUCAAGGUGGCAACCCAAUGGGCACAGGUGGCUUAGUCUCCUGAGCAGCGGACCCAGGAUCCACCAGGGGUGACCCCUGGUCACCACCAGGGGUCAGGGCAGUGCUCUCCUGACCACUCCGCUUUCAGGAGGUGUAGAGAAAAAGAACCCAGAACUGGAAAAGAGCUGAGCCUUAAAACCUGUUCAGCGUUUCUCUCUUUAACCAGGGUCUCACUAAGGAGCUCUGGCUACCCUUGGACUCUCUGUGUAGAGCAGGCUUGGCCUCAAAUUUGUGGCUAUCCUCCUGGGAACUCAGGGUGACCUUCUUUGCCCAUCCCUGCACCCCUGCUCUUUCUUCCAUGGCAGCAACAUUCUUUGCCUAGAAUCAUGGCUGUGGCCUGACACUGUGCAUACACAUACCCAACACUGAUAGAUUUUGAUAACUAAGUCACCGACUGUUAGGAAUUUGAGGCUGGAGAAAUGGCUCAGAGGUUAAGGGUGCUCACUGCUCCUGCUAAAGACCCAGGCUCAGUUCCCAACACCUAUAAGGUGGCUAAUCACCUGUUACUUCAAUUCCAGGGCACCUGACACUUUCUUCUGACCUGUGGGCACCUACAUACAAGUGGUGCACACAAACUCAUGCAGGCACACACAUGUGUAAGUAAUAACCUUUUUUUUUUUUUUUUAAAUGAGUUAUCUUAAGCCUAUAAUCACAGCACUAAGGAGAGGGAGGCAGAACCACCAGGAGUUCAUGGCCAGUCUAAGACACAGUUUCUGGCCAAUGCAGGCCCAGCAAAACCUGCCUCAAGAGCAAAAACAAACACAAGGAAGCACCCUCUCCCUCUGAACACUCACAAGACCCUUCACACUCACUGACGUUAGCUGCUCGGACCUCAGCUAUGUAGGACUGCCCCACAAGACCGUUCUGGUCUUGGGAGGGUAUCUUUACACCUGACCUUGGGAUGUGGGGGAGAGAUUCAUUCUAAGGGAAAAGUAAGACAAAUGAAGGCAGCGCCAACCAUGGCAGCAGCCAGCUCUUCUCCAUGGAGAAAGAUCUAGGCCACCUGUGGUGGGAAGGAAGGGCAUGGCUGAUGCGCAGGCAGCAGAGAUGGCUUGUGGGAUUGAUCCAUGUUUUGUUAUUAACACCUUUCUUUUCCUUUCCUUUCAUCCUGAGACAGGCUCUCACUCUAGCCCACGGUAGUCAAGAACUACAUAAUUUAAGCUGGCCUGGAACUCACAGUAAUUCUCCUGCCUCAGCCUUCCAAGUGCUAGAAUAAUAAGGCAAGGACUACCAUGCUCACAUCUUUUUAAAUCCUGAGGAAAGGUCUCACCUGUAGACCAGGUUAGCCUCUACCGUUAUGUUGUGUGCACGAUGUCUGGCUGCUCUCUCAAGAUUCCUGCUAGAUAGAAGCAGAGCCUCAGCAGACGGGAUCCGAGCCCCGCACACAGGCACAGGCGGUACCUCAGAAGAUGGGAUCUGAGCCCCGCACGUAGACACAGGCUGUACCUUAGCAGACAGGAUCUGAGCCCCGUACACAGACACAGGCUCAGCAGACAGGAUCAGAGCCCCACACACAGGCACAAGCUCAGCAGACAGGAUCCAAGCCCGGCACACAGGCACAGGCGGUACCUCAGAAGACAGAAUCCGAGCCCCGCACACAGGCACAGGCGGUACCUCAGAAGACAGGAUCCGAGCCCCGCACACAGGCACAGGCGGUACCUCAGAAGACAGGAUCCGAGCCCUGCACACAGGCACAGGCGGUACCUGUUCCCCCUCCUCAGGGGUAGUAGGCCUGAAGUUCAUAGAGACUCUGCUAGCUCCCCCACCAAGACCUCUUUCUAUAGCAGCUACGACAGCUGUUCCACAAAACACACUUGCGCUUCAGGCUGCUCCACCAGCAGGUGAGGACACCACCUACUCACGCACCCUGCCAUCCAGCUUUGGAAUCUAGAAACAUAGGUGGGGUCAAAUCUUCAGUGCGGUUCCGUGGCUGGGUGGAAGCCUGCACCCAAUGGAAGCUAGAUGAACACUCUACCACUGAGCCACAGCCCCAGGGAUGCAAGGAAUUGACGACCCAAGUCCCUCCACUUAUGUCAGGCCAGCAAGAUGGCUCAGCAGGUAAGGACACUAGCUGCCGAACCUCAUGACCUGAGCAUAAUUCCCAGAACCCAUGUAAUGAAAGGAGAACUGACCUCUGCAAGUUGUCCCCUGAACCCCCCACUCAAACUUAGGGCCUAUGUGCGCGCGCGCACACACACACACACACCACACAGUAAUAAGUUAAUUAAUGAACAUGAAAAAAAUAGAUCUAUCCAGGUAAACCUAAAUACAGACAAGUAUCAGAAAAAUUAGCCUCCUGUUUUAAAGAGACUGUUUUGUUGUUUGCUUCUAGUUUUGAGAUAGGGUCUCGCUAUGUCACCUUGGCAGGCCUGGGGAGUUCGUAUGUAGCCUAGGUUAACUGGAAACUCAGAGAUCCUCCUGCCUCAGUCUCCCAAGUGCAGAAUGCUGGGAUUAAAGUGUGUGCUACCAUGCCUGGCCUUGAAGAGCAUUUUAGGACCAUGCCCCCAAUCUUACAAAACAUCAGCCCAGCUAGCAGCUUUCCGAGUCUGAGGGUUGAAUGAUCUCCCCAGUGUGAUGUGUGAUGCUGAGGGAGAGGGCCGCUGCUUUCAGAGCACGGAGGUUGUACUCUCCUCAUCUGGGCUGCAGCUCCGUCUGCAGCUUGUAUUGCUGCUCUUUAUUUUCCUGGCAGGUAUACAAUCCUGGAUAAUUCUCAGGGACCAGAUACAGUAGCUAUCUCUUCUACCAACGUGUCAGAAUCAACAAGAGUAUAUGUCCCGAGGGAUGCAAAGGCAACACGGCCUGCCAGGCAACUCUGAGUAGCAGGAGCCACAGCCAGAGGAGAGGUGGCUGGGCCAUCACCUGCCCAGGUUUCCUCCAGGAACAGGAACUGCACCUGGUGAGUGUGUCACGGACGGUGUGGGGAGGGGCAGUGGGCAGCAGGGCAAGCAGGUCUAAGUUCUGAAGGAAGCGGGGCUUUCUAGCUGCCUAGGACUAGAAGCACAGGAUCAGCGAUGGAUGGCAGGCAGGUAUCACUUCCCCUCAAAAACACUCCUAUGGUUUCCGGCUGUAAGCCAAAGAGAAGCAGGGUGAACUGUUUCCACAGCAAGUGAGAGAUGACACCGUGUAUUAACCCUGACAGUUAAGUCAGCCUGGAGGCCAUGGCUAAAGCCUCAGUUUUUUAUCAGUGGCAGUACUGAAAGUGAACUGGUAGCUGAGCUUGCUGAGCAGACACCCCAGGAGCAGACCUCUGCAGACACAGCUGAACCAGUACACAGGGCUCAGGCGUAAGCACACUGUGAACUAGACACCCAUCUUAUUGGACAGUUGGACAGUCUGUGGGUUCAAAUCAGUCCAAUGAACACAAUAUGGCUAGUGGCUUAAACUGACGUUCAGGGUGCUGGAGACACACUGUCCUGAGCCCAGGGACAAUAAAGACGACAGAAGAGAACCUGCCCUGCUGUGGCUACAGGGACUUGAGUCUCUAUGCUCAGAAAGUAGCUCUGAGGGAACUCUGUCACACUGGGUCUGGGACCAACCAAUACCAGCCUGGCAUGGCAACCACCAGUCCGUGGAGAAGGAGAAGGGACACUCAGCUAGCUUGGCUCCCCAGUGCCUCCUCAACCUUAGGGUGGAACACCAGGCACUCACUGUGAGACGUGAAACAAUGAGCUGGGCUUUGACAGUAAAGCUUGCGGAAACCCUCUGAAUGGAUCACAUGAAUGUAUAACGGACGAAAUAGUAACAGUGAACAGGCUUGUGCUGAAACAGUGGCAUCUGAGCAGUGACACAGUCAGCCCCAGUGUCGGCUGGCUGAGGACAAGGGGAAAGGUAGGAAGAAAAACUUAGCUUGCUCUCGUUCACCUCUAAGAGGCCAGGGAGUACGCUGCUGUCUCCACUAAUUAUAUAAAUGGCUGAAGAACAGUCCCUGGGGCUUGACUACAGCUGAGGCUUAUGGGGGCACACCUAUCCAUGCAGGCAGCGGAGAACCAAGCAGUCCCUGAGCCUUCUCCCUGGCAAAUCUACCAUACCAGGAGGGGUGCACCAAAACCAUGGUGUACCAUGUACCUUGCUCAAAAUUCCCAAUCUUUAGCUGGGUAUGGUGACACGUACCCUUAAUCCCAGCAAGACCUCUCUGUGAAUUCAAGGCCAGUCUGGUGUACACAGUGAGUUCCAGGACAGUCAGGGCUGUCAGUUACAUAGAGAAAUCGUGUCUCAAAAAACCAAACCAAACAGAAAAAUAAGUAAAAGCCUAAAAUGACAAAACAAAGACUCAUAAGUGUUGUGAGAGGCUUGCACGGCAUCUCCUUCAGCAAGGACCUCUGUCCUGGUGGAUUUCUACACUGGGGAUGGAGGGCUGUUUAUUCUGGGGACCAGACAUGAAAUGAUGAGGCACCAGAGUGCUAUGCAUAUGAAGGGAGGCCUUGCAUGCUUUAUAAACUCUUGCUAAGGAGACCCUAAGGUUUGAUACUUGUGGCGACUGACAGAUGUUGACUGUAUCUGUGACCCACUGCCCAGGGCAGCGGCUAUUUUGUAUUUCAAAGCGUGUUAGGUGGUAAGAAACCACAAUGAAAAUCAAUGUGCUAUUUAAACCGCCCACAACAGACAGAGCUCCCAAGGCUGCUCUGCCUGUCCCCAAGUCACAUCCAAGGAAAAGAGCUGUGCAGGUCCAUUCGCCAUGACUCACAAACAUGACCUCCUGACAGCACAGCCUGACGUCUCUCCUGGACAGCUCUGCUCUCUGAAUGCAGAAGGACAAACAUAGUAUGCAGUAGUUCUCCAGCAUGCGCUCUUAGCAAGGCCUGCUGCAGCUGCAGCUGCCCACACAUCUACUGCGGUUCUGGACAGGUCACCAUGCUGGCAUCAGGAGACAUCAUUAUCUGCCUUGAUUUUAAUCCCUAGAAAGAAUUCCUCAGCUCAUUUCAACAGGCUUAACUUUGCAACCACAAAUGCCCUUUCAAUUUGUCGUUCAAACCCUCUAUGGAAAGAUUCAGACUCAAUGUAACGGAGAAAGGCGUAAAUACAGGAGAAUAACUCGCAAGUGUGCUCAGCACUGACAAGUCAUCAGGGACGACAGUGAAACCACAGGGAAUUGCCCCUUGCAAGCCGAUUAGGAUGGUUACCAUGGAAAUGGAGUGCUGCCAACGUGCAGUGUAGCAAACUGAACUCUCCUACCUGCUGCUGUACUCACCUGGAAAAGCCCAGAGUGAAGCUACAUGCCCAACACAUGAGACAGCCGUUUCACUAUUCAGCUACAUGCCCAACACAUGACACAGCUGUUUCACUAGUCCAUGUUCACUUGAGACAAAGACAUCUGUUUAUACAAAGACUCAUGCACAAUGCUCAUGGCAUCUUUGUAAUAAUGAAAAGUUGAAAAUGAUGUAAGAGUCCAUCAACAGCUGAACAAAUAAGUUGUGCAAAACCACACUUACCAGUGCAAAGGAACUAAUGGAAACUCCAAUAGGAGGCUGACUCAGAAUCGUUAUCCUAACUCGGAAAAGCCACGAAUCUUCUGUAUGAUCCCACCUACAUCACAUUACAGAAUCCAGGGACACAGAAAGACAUAAAUGGCUGCUGAAAGAUGGGGUAGAAAGAAGACGGCUUUCCGGGGGGCAUAAGGACACUUAGGGGUGAAAGUUGCCCUGAUGUGGUGAUAGUUUCAGAGUGUACAUCCAGAAAAAGACGAUCAGAUUACACUCAGGAGUGCUGCAUGCACCUGGAGGUCGGCAACUUGGGAGCCUGAGACAGGAAGACUGCUCAAAUCCAUGUUCAAGGUCAGCUUGUACAACACAACAACCUCCCCUCCCCAAAAGACACAAAGAACCCAAUAAACUAGUAUCUGUUCAGAUGGCAUUUUCCUAUCUGCCCAUCUACUUUUCUAGCCAUCCACUGAUCAAAUCUGAACUUCUGUGUAGCCAAGGAUGACCUUGAGCUUCUGCUCUUCCGUCCCGCCUCUCAGGGCAGAGGUAACAGCUGGACAACACCACCCCUGGUUCAAGCAGGGCUGGGGACAGAGCCCAGGGCCUCAGGCAUGCCAGGCGGACACUCUCCAAGCUGAGCUGCAUCCACACCCCAGUGAUAUUCUUAAGAACACAGAGUUAACGUGCUUCAGGAGAGUUGGGGGGAGGUUACCUGACUCUAAAUGCUCUCUGUUGCUCUUUUAGGACACUGGGAGGAGCCAUUUAAAGCUAUGGUGGUGAGAAGACACUGAGCUCAAAGCAUGAGCCAGUUCCGAACCACAAAGGCUGGACUUGUGGCAUGUGGCGUGAUCUGCGCCUUCAUCUUCCUUUACUUGGGGAGCCCAGAUCCUGAGGAGGCUGAGGAGGAGCCCGCCCACUUGGCUGUGGUGGAAUGUGGCUUCUAUCCAGAUGAACUGUGCUCAGCUUUAUUUGAAGGGAAAAAGGCAGCCCCCCAAAUCGCACAAUUCUGCAAACCCCCUCACAAUUCUGAAAUACUCUCUCAUUUGCGCACACCAGGAAACUGUUCCAGGAUGGCCUCGGGGCUGCAUUUCAUAACGAGACCCCUGUCUGCAGAAGAAAGGAACUUCUCUUUGGCGUAUAUUAUAAAUGUUCAUAAGGAGCUGGCCAUGUUUGUGCGGCUUCUCAGAGCAAUUUAUGCACCUCAGAAUGUCUAUUGUGUCCACAUUGAUGAAAAGGCCCCAAAGAAGGUCAAGAGUGCCGUGCAAUCCUUUGUGAACUGCUUUGAAAAUGUCUUCAUUUCAUCAAAGACACAGCAGGUGGCUCAUGACGGCCCUAAGAGGCUGCAGGCAGAGAUUAACUGCAUGAAAGACCUUGUCCACUCCACAUUCGACUGGCACUAUGUCAUGAAUCUCUAUGGACAGGAAUUCCCAAUCAAAACCAACAAAGAAAUCAUAAGCUACAUCAGAACCAAGUGGAAGGGUAAAAACAUCACUCCCAGGCUGAUCCCACUUCCAAAUACCAACCCAAAGCCAGUCCAGAGCCCCCCUGAGCCUCACCCCAAAGAAAAUGCCCACACAUCUCCAAAGACAAGGCUCAAACAAAAACCACCCCAUAAUCUGACGGUUUACUCUGGAAGUGCUUACUUCGCACUUACGAGAAAGUUUGUAGGGUUCAUCCUGACUGACUCCCGUGCAAAACGCAUGCUGCAGUGGUCCAAAGAUGUCCAGAGCCCAGAGAUGCACUACUGGGCGACCCUGAACCAAAUGAAAGAUGCUCCAGGCGCCACAUCAGGUGCUGGCUGGGAAGGAAACAUCCAAGCCAUUAAAUGGAGAAUGGAGGAAGAAGACGGUCACAAGGGGUCUACAGGCCAUGAUGCCCAAGACACCUGUGUCUACGGCCUGGGAGACCUGCCUUGGCUCAUCCAAUCACCAGCUUUGUUUGCCAAGUUUGAGGCGUCCACAGACCCACUGGUGGUGGCGUGCCUAGAGAGGUGGCACAGACUCAAAGCCCUGCGGCAGGCUGAGGUCCCCGCAGAGUCACACUGGCAGUUUCCCCAGGAAAGCCACUUCAACAGUCAACCCCACCACUAGGGACACUUUUGUCAGUGCCGCUGUUUCAAUUCCUGCAUGUGAGUCAGUUAAAAAUGAAUGCAGAAAUAUGCUCCUGGCCAGACUUCCCUGCUGACCGUGGCCAGGGAGAGAGCACACGAGGAAAAUAACCGAGGCUGUGGCUGGGAGGACAGAUCAGCACCGGAAGGCUGAGCGCCGCAGGGAGCAGCUGCUGAAGGCCGCAUUUCUCCACCCGAUGAGUCCAGUUCAGGUCUUGUUCUGAGGGCCUGGAGAUGCUGUGUAAGAGGCACGAAUACAGAACAAUGCCCCACCCAGGAGAAAACCAUGCUUCUCUGGAGCUAUCCCUGUUCGCUAAGAAUAGUACAACUUUGUUCUAGAAAAUUCCAGAAAACCAUCUAGGGGACUCCUUCUCUGGGUAAAAUGAAUUAUCCUACAGAGGGAAACACAGCUUAAGAGGGCUGCCUGAAGUCUGUGUAGUCUUGGCCGGCCAUCUACUCAUUCUUUCUGCCAUGAUGGAUGGCCCACGAUGGCACUGGCCAAUGCCACCACCACAGGGGCUGCUGCACAGAAGUGUGGAAGGAGACGGAGGAGCCUCUCUUGACUUUUAAUUAGUUUUUCAAGUCAGUUAAUCCAUGUGGCAAACAGUCAACACCCUGGGCGUACCAGCUGAAGGCAUGAAUGGCCUUAGCCAUCCUUAGUCACAGAUGCAGGUCCUUCCUUCCUAAGUCCCCGGCUCUUCUACUGCCACUGUUACUUUUAUAUGUACUCCUUCCCUAACAAUGUCCUCCGUGACACAAAGACUGACAUGUUCAACUGUUGUGGGAAUUUGGUCUGACAGGCAAUUAAUUGUACAGAGAGGCUUGGCCCAAUGGGCGUGGUCUUCUCUGGAGAUAGUGACCCAAUAAAACCCCAGGGGGAAGGGUCAUAGGGGCUCUAAGACUGUGGAGGGCUUGCAGGUACUGGAAGCUGCAGCUUGGUAGCCUUCCCCAGACCUCCCCAGUUGUCCUUGGGAACGGGAGGAUUAGCAGCUACAGCAGCAGCAGGUUGCAGCCUCCUGUAUUGUGAGUGUACUCUGCAUUUUGUACCUGUUUAAUAAACCUGACUUAACCGUAGAGCUUCCUCCCUCAUUACCCUGCCCCAUACAAUUGCCCCAGGGACCGAAUUCCAACAACACUCAACUACUGUCCGGGUAUGGAUGUGUCGCCUGCAGGUAUGCGUGUGUACCACAUGCCCAUGGCAGUCAGCAGUCCAUGCUGGCUCCCCUGGAAGCCAUGCGGUGCAGGGAAUUGAACUCAGGACCUCUGCAAGAACAACCAGAGCCUUCUCUCCAGCCUGGAAAUGCUUUUCUUUCUUUCUUUCUUUCUUUCUUUCUUUCUUUCUUUCUUUCUUUCUUUCUUUCUUUCUUUCUUUCUUUCUUUUUUAAAUUAAAGUAGGAGCCCUAGAAAGGAAACUACCACACACUAUAAAGACCUCUGUCACCUGAGGCUUUCCCACACGAGAUGAGGUGACAUCCAGUCAUGCGGCCUGGAAAGCCGAGCAGAGUGAAGAGAUCUUAAUGUAGAUCUAAGUCAACUUUAAGCAAAGUAAGUAAGACAGAAGCAGUCAGUUACAGCGAAUAUUUUUCCCUACUGCGCACUGAAAAUGUUAAGAUACCCUUGACCUCUUGGCAAUGUUUCUUAUUACAAGACACGGAGGAACUCACCUGGUGUUUUGGCCAGUCACCUGAUUAUUGGAGAAACCAAACCACAGCACCUUCACCUCUCUGGGUCCUCUUCUCUGACGGCAAAGUACACACCAUGGUACACAGAGUGACCCAAGUGAGUUGGAGCCUCUGCCUGUUUGAAUUGUUUUACUAUUACUGUGUGUACUGUGUGUGUGCACAUGUGUGUGAGUUGCAGCCAGUUGUGGAGACAAAAGGACAAAUCUCAGGGCAUCCCCAGGCCGACAAGCAGGAUCAAGCUGCCCUCCUGCCACAGAGGCCUUUAUCCUUGCUCUUAGUUUAGUGACUUAGAGAUUUCAGACAGCGCCUAAAACCUGACAAUUCUUUGGUCUUGACCCCGUGGCUUCAUCUCCCCUCCCUCAUCACGACACCUGUCACUGCAGAUGCUGUGUCAUCUCUGCACAGGGCAGAUUUCUGCAGAAAGGGCCAGCACUGGCCAGUCAUCCUACACACCCAGCCAGGCUCCUUUUCCCAGGCUCCUUGAGGGGUGGUUACGUGACUGGGUUCUAGCCAGUGGAAUGUGAGUGGCUCCAGGUACAAUCUGCAGGUCUGACCUGUAAACUUCCUGAAACCAGGGCGGUGGUGGUCUAGCCUUUAAUCUUGGCAGAGGCAGAGGCUGGCGGGUCUAUGCAAGUUUGAGGCCAGCCUGGUCUACAGAGUGAGUUCCAGGACAGGUUCCAAAGUUACACAGAGAAACCCCAUCUCAAAAACACCAAAACGAAAACAACAACAACAACAAAAAACAAAACUUCCCAAGAGAGGUUCUCCCUCCUUCUCAUCGAGCCAUGGAAUGGGAAGGAAGAAACUGUCUAGCCGGGAUUCUCUGCUGGGCACUUGGCACCUAAGGAGGGUUUCCACAGUGAGCCAAACCUUCUAUUGGAGUUUGAUCCCUGAUAACACCUGACUCUAUUUAUUGCUUUACUUAAAAUGUUCUUGUUUAGAAUGUUUGGAUCUAAAAGGAAAGACUCUAAGUCCUUAUGACCCCUUAACUUUAAAUACUGAAGUCUGGGGCCUAGACAGAUGCUGUUUUCCCAGACUAAACUGCUCCAUGCCAGGCUCUCAACACUGACACACCACAGGGAUGUGUCCUCGAAGUUCCUGGGUGGCAGUCCUGGGAGGUGGGUGCCUGGAUCACACAGCCCCAUGAAGUAAUCAAUGCUGAUGUCAUGAGGAUGUCCUUAUACAGGAUAAGUUUUCUUACCACACUAGAGCAUAACCACACUGGGGCAUAACCACACUGGGGCAUAACCACACUGGGGCAUAACCACACUGGAGCAUAACCACACUGGAAUAUAACUACACUUAAUUCAGACAGAGGAUCUGACAGAGGGUAGCGGGGAGGGGACCGUGUUGAGAAGCACUGAGGGGGAGGGCGCUCCACAGACAGAGAGGACUCCUGUUAGCAGGAAGGGAGCUUUGUUUACACUUGAUGCUCACCAACAUUUGAGCCCAAGCUUGCUGAUGAUGGUCCAAUGCCUGACCCUGUCACGCACAGACCCAGGUCACCAGCCUCCACUUUAAACCAUGGAAUACGGUGCCCUUGCUGGACACUGGCACCACCUUGCUUGGACUUCCCAGCCUCCAGAAUGUCAAGUAAAUUUCUAUUCUUUCUGAAGAACCAGGUCUCAGCAGUCAGUUUCUAACAGCGAGAGGCAGACAAGGAUGGGAGGGGAUAAACGAGAUUCCUGCCUCGCGUGCUGUGGCCUGUCCAGUGCCCUGGAUGCUCCAACUUCUACAGUCUUGCAGAUUAAACUGUGCUUUGCCCCACUGCUGAAGUCCAAGCCGGAAGCACAUGAUGCACCGUCUCCAGUCACGGUCAUUCAGAUCUUACUUCCCAGGCAGCACCUGUGUCACCGCCCUCACCAGGAGACUCAUACAUGCCACCAGCUACAUUAGGCAGUUAACUCCCAAGGACAUCACUUUUAAAAAGGGAAGCCCUAUGUGACAUUUGCACAUGCUCUGGACAAGUCAGCCACAGUCCACACCCCCGACUUGGUCACCCAUCAGCUUUAGGAACGCUGCAGAAGAGAAACCACUCCGGCUCUUUCGUGGAGCGUGCCCUGCCCAGGCUUUGCUAGUGCCGUUGUGCGCUUUAGCUGAAUUCAAAGCUUCAGGACGUCGCCACUGCCCACUGCUAAGGUCAACACUCUCCCCUGACUAUGGAGCCUUCCAUGAGGGUCUCCCGGCAGGAGAGGGCUCCCCGGGAGCAGGACUUUGGUGGGUCUUUUCCUCAGGACACCCCACCAGUAAAAGGCUAGGACAGGAACUGCCAUGACAAUUGCUCACGAAAAGCCACCAACAGAGGGUGCAAUCCAUGACAGGCCUAAGCAUACUACACUCACUGAACAGAGUCAUGCGUGGUUUCUAUCUACAUUACACUAAAUGUCAGGCAGAUAAACACCAGAGGAACCCAAAGAAGGCAAGGCUCAGGGCAGUACCACCUGCAAGCGCCACGUCAUCACACUUUCCUUUGGAUGGGCAAGGACGAUAUGGAGGAACAUUCCUUAUGUGCUCACGUACUGGUGACAUGGCCUGGAGAUCAAGGGACAGCACACCUUGUCUCCUGCCCUCAAAAGCACACGGUCCAGCUGGGAGUCUGACACACACAUGCACAAUUCUGUGAUGAUGAGACCAAGGGGUAACACGGUACUCAGUGAUGAGGACUGGCAAGAAGGAUCUGCAGAGCACAUGGGGCGGAGAUGGAACAUGGCCCUCCAGGCUGGCAGUCUGGAGAAGAACUGGGCCCAGAAGAUGGCCAGGGUGUGAAGUGUGUGCGAGUCUGGACCUGCAACAGUGAAGAGCCAUGGAAGAUGAGGAGACUCAGACAUGUUAGAUGCUUUGACAAAGAUCUCAGGACUGAAAUGACAGUGGGGGACACGCUGAAGCCACUCCCUCAGCGGUCAAGAAGGAACAAAUGGAGUAUGGUGGGA